CCGGUCGCGUUAAAGUCGGAACCGAAGAACUUAAAAGCAAUUUUGUGCAAGGAAGAAUUAAGUACUGUAAGAUUUAUAAUAAAAUCAUCACAAGUUAGUUAUUUUUAACGUUCCAAAAAAAAAAAAAUAUAAGUGGAAUAUCGAGUAUGUUGUUGUGCAUGAAUUGUUUCAAACUCGUCGCAAGGAUUGCAAGACAAAAAUAAAAACACAAAUAGACUAUUGUAAUUAAGUUAAUCAAGAUUAAGUUUUUGCAUUUAAGUGAUAUAUUUAGUUCGUCAAAGAUCCAACGAACCUAACGGUGAACGAAAGAUUCGAGUUUUUCGAGUCGCCAAGGCACGUUUUUUUAAGUUGGUGAUGUCCUGCGGGGAUCCGUAGUUGCUGCUGCGGUGAAAGUAAAAGCCGCCGGCGUGCGCGUUUGCUCUCUGCAGUGUUGUUCGUUCGUUCGUUCGUUCGUUUCUUUUCUUUCUUUUUUUUUGUCUUUUUAAUUUUUUUUUUAUUCUUACGUUUUAAAGCCAGCCCUCUUUGCCGAGAGGUGGUAUCUCGUUAUCGUUAUCGUGAAAGUUGCGACCGAGGUUGCAACGUGUCGUUGUACUACCUCUCUUCCCCCACUACUUUACCAAGAGACUACAUACUACAUUACUACUACUACCAAAGUUACAGGACGAGAAAGGAUCUUAUUAUUGUGUUGGAGAAUAUAAAGCCAUUUUGUGUAGCUUUCCUUUCCAUUUAUUAGACAAAUUGUAUUUUUUAACUCCUCGUGACUCAUUCGAACGGAAUUUUUUUUUCCUUUAUUUUUCUUUCCUUCAAGAAAACUCACCCCUCCUCACCCUCGUCUUCUCUCUUCUGAUUUUUCAACAUAUCAACAAAAUAGGAAAGGACAUCAGUGCUGUAUAUUCUAAAAAUGACUGUGGUUAUGGAGGAAACGAAUACCUUCGUGAUGUGGCCUUCACGUUUGAAGAUUGGUGCAAAAUCGAAAAAAGAUCCGCACAUAAAGGUCGCAGGUCGUGCAGAUGACGUACGAACAGCUAAGGAAAAAAUAAUGGAGAUAUUAGACACGAGGCAAAACAAUAUAGUGACCAUGAAAAUGGAUGUCAGUUAUACCGACCAUUCACACAUUAUCGGAAAGGGUGGACUGACGAUUAAACGAGUGAUGGAGGAAACUGGAUGCCACAUUCAUUUCCCAGAUAGUAACCGCAGUAAUCAUCAAGAGAAGAGCAAUCAAGUUUCUAUUGCUGGAGAAAUCGAAGGCAUUGAAAAAGCCCGUGCACGAGUUAGGAGACUUACGCCAUUGAUAUUUUCUUUCGAAUUACCAAUAAUGGGAUCAUCUCAGCGUACACCGGAUGCCACCUCACCUUACGUAGUUAGGCUUCAAGAGAAAUAUAACGUUCAGGUGAUGCUACGUACCAGACCGAAAUUGCACGCCACGUUGGUUCUCGUAAAGGGUUGCGAAUGGGAAGUUUCGCAAGUGAAGGAGGCGACCGUACUCCUGAUUAACUUUAUGUGCGAAAACUUAGCUAGUCAAAUUCAAGUACAAAUGUCGAUGGAGAUAUCGCCGCAUCAUCAUAACAUUGUUCUUGGAAAAUCAAGUAACAAUCUUAAAAUAAUAAUGCACCGUACGUCGACACAAAUUAUGUUUCCCGAUGCUAGUGACCCGAAUAUCCCUAGUUUGAAAAAGAGCAACGUUACGAUCAUCGGUAGUAUUAACAACGUUUAUUUAGCAAGACAACAAUUAGUCGGAUCUCUUCCAUUAGUUCUAAUGUUCGACGUCCCAAAGGAUUAUAUGUCGUCAAUCGAUACAGAAACUAUUUCACAAUUGAUGCAAUCCCUCGACGUUUUCAUAAACGUGAGGCACAAACCAAAGCAAAGUACAUUUUCCGUGAUUAUCAAGGGAAUAGAAAGAAAUGCCAGCAACAUUUACGAAGCCAGAAAGCAACUACUUGGAUUGGAGGAGCCAAGAGUAAUCGCUGAUAUACCGCCCACUUAUCACAUUCCAAAUGCUGGCAAUAUUUUUCAAGGAAACGCCACGAAUGGUAACGGUACGAAUACUAUCACUUGUGGUAUACCAGAGAGUUUAUCAAGCAUGUUAACUGUAAACACACAAAAUUUACCAUGCUGCGUAUCUCCGAUGUCACAUUCGCCCAAUCCAAUGGGUCUUUCGUCACAUUGGAACAUACCACCGAUUCCGUCCAUGUUUUCAUCGUUACCAAUUCAUCAUCCAUAUUCUUAUGGACACUUAAAUCACCUGUUAACGACGCAGCACAUGAUGCACAGUAACAUGAUGGCUCAUACCCAUGGACUGUCCAAUCAUAUCUUGAACGACAUUGGACAAAUUCAUCCUACCUUGUCGACAGGUUUGCACGGUGGAAUACAUGGAAUUACCAAUAGUCUUUCGGAUAGCAAGGAAGGCAGUGCUUAUUCCUCAUUGAGCAGCGUUUCAAGUUCUUUGUCUAGUCCAGCUAUCAGCCCUCGAAAUUUAUCACCGGUUAACCCAACAGUGACCAAUCCUAAUUUAGACUUGUCGAGUGUGUUAUCGGAUCUUUCGGUGUCCGAUCGGCGAGCACCAGGUUGUGAGAAGAAAUCGUUGGAAAUGGCUGCCCAACAGAACCUUACACCCGCCGAUUACGAACAGAAAAAAAUCAUGGCCGCGUUAGCUGUACAAAAUAAAUCUAACACUUCUUCGGAAUACAGAGUACCAACUUCGACUUGGUCCGGUUAUGGUCUUAGUCAAAGUAUUCCUCCGGGUGAUUUGAAUAAGGAUUUGUCUUCGUCCGAUCCAUUCAACUUAUGGGAUGAAUCAAUGACACCUGUAUUAAACACAGGUAUGGACUUUGGUCUUUACUCGAGUAGUAAAGAUACGACGAUUGGUCCAAUCGGUUCUUCUUCGAAUUACAUGGAACACACGCCAUCUUCCCAUUUGAAAAAUAUCACAUCUCAAAGAUUUACCGAUAUUGCUAGUAUGUUAACAAGCGUUGGCCUUGAAAAAUAUAAUCGCCUGUUCACGUCGCACGAAGUGGACAUGGCUACGUUUUCAUCAUUGACUGAAAAGGAUCUUAACGAGAUCGGAAUAACUGCUUGGGGUGCGAGACGUAAAAUAAUGCUAUUGAUUUCUGAAAUGAAAAAACGAAGUAAUCCGUUUAAUGGUAGCGCGGCACCAGGGGCGGAAAGAAAGGUAACCGCAUCCUCAACGGCAUCCACGUCGCUCGAUACCAAAUGGUAAUGGAGGAAAAAUACAAGAGAAGUAUACACUAAAGAAAUAACAUGUAACGCGGACGUCAUACGUAAAUGUUAAAUAUCGUAUGCGUCGAGAAAACGACCCGGAAUUUUGAGACAGGGUAAUUUAAUGCACAUAGGAAAAAUUUCAAAUUGCUCAUUAUUAAAAAGUGAGAAAUAAGAUUAAAAGGAAAAACUAUUUCCAUGCGGACAUGAUUCGCCAUUAUUCGAAAUACAACGACGGAGGAUCUAAUCGGUCGGAGAUCUUCCAUGCGUUCGUAUUAAGUGAUAUACAAUUUCAAGGACGAAUCUAUCCGACUCGGUGGAGAAACAAAUGCUCUGACCGAAAGCUUGAAUAAAAAAAAAAAAGAGGAAAAUGGGAGUUUUGAAAAGAUGAAAACGAAACGAAAAGUAAAAAAAAAGUAAAAAACAAAAAAACAUAAGUAAUAAUAACAAUAAUAAUAUCGUCAAUCGGACUCAACGAACUUGACAACGAGAUAUGAAAAGAAAAAAAAAAUAAGAUUUAAAUCAUUUUGCAUGUGUUAAUCGUUAAUAUCGUAUUUCGUCUAAAGGUACCGGGAGAAUAGGCUGAUGAUGAUUUAUUAUUUUUGUUGCGUGCCCGAGAAAAAUAUUUUGGCCUAAAAAUGAAUCCCUCAAACCCCCCCCCCCUCAAAAAAAAACAAUUUCCCACACCCUUCUCCCAUCUAUCUUUUGCCUUUUAAUUUCUCUUUUUUUUUUUCUUUUUUUUUCUUUUCUCGCCAUUUUCUCGGAAGCACGCGCCGCCUCGACGGUGCCUCUUUAAUUGUAAGAUUAGGUAGAUCAGAUAUAGUUCGUUAUAUAAUAUUUCUUUUGUUUCAUAUACUAUAUUUUUCUUUUUUUUUUUUUUUUUUUCUUUUCUCGCCAUUUUCUCGGAAGCACGCGCCGCCUCGACGGUGCCUCUUUAAUUGUAAGAUUAGGUAGAUCAGAUAUAGUUCGUUAUAUAAUAUUUCU